GACUUCCGGCGGCGAGGGCAGCACUUCCGGGGCGGGCUGCCCGAGCCAAGGGAGGAGUGUCUGACAGUUGGCGCCGCCGGGAGGGCGGGCGGGCGGCGCGAGUGGGCGCGGGCCGGGUGGCCCAGGAUGGGGGUCAGGAUCCGCCUGUAGCCCCCGCAUCCUGGGCUGUGCGUGAGAAGUCGGCCCGUGCACGUGGGCGCCCCCAGAGCCUGCACAGCGUGCUCUCUUCGCUCCCGUGCUGUUACUGUUGGUACUGAGGAUGUUGGCGCUGGGCGUGAGAGAUGGCUGGGCUCGGAGGCCGGCGGACUGGGAUCCAGGUCGCAGCUCCAGUGUGCGGCGCGGGCCUGUGCCUUCACCCCGCCGAAGCUCAUUGUCUCUACAGCAAGGGCCCCUAGUGCCAGUUUCAUCCGGUCAUGGCGAGGACUCAGGCUCUGCGGGGCCCUGCAGGAGCUCCGCAGAUAGGGACGACGGUGGUGGUGAUUCGAGCACUCAUUGGUGUAGCUGGAAAUUUCGAGGAAGUGGAGGGAGGAGGCGGCUCAGAGACAGCAGUAGGACACAGUUAGACUUGGAGCCGGGAAAAACGGACAUCCCGUCACUAUUCGGCCCCUGUUGCCAAACCUUGCACUGUUAGAUUUUUUUGCUUGCUUUCUCUUGGAAACAACGGUUGCAUUUUCCUCCCUUGAUUUGAGAAGGAAAAGUUGCAUUGCUACCCUAACGGAAAUCUCCCUGUAACGUGGCUGGCCGUCGGAAGAAGGAACAUUUAACCUGAAAUACAAUGGAGACCGAACGGUCCGUAAAAUCAUGGACAGAAACUGGAAGAUAACUGAAAAGCGAAUAGCUUGUGCAUAGGAGUUCGUGUGGCAAGAACCCUUGGAUGCAGUCAAGUUGUCUUGUGCUUGGUUGCCAGCUCACGCUACGCAUAUGACUGGCAUUGGGGUGGCUGUGCGGAGUCCCUGAGAUGUGUGUGUUCUCAGUUCCUGGCACGUAGUAGACACUCAACAGCACCUACCUCACGGCAUCACGAUCAAGGAGAACUUGGUAUCGAAUCCCAUUUAAGGCUCCGGGGAGCAGCACCAGGGCAGGGGACACGAUGGUGUCGGUGACUAUGGCCACUUCCGAGUGGAUCCAGUUCUUCAAGGAAGCCGGCAUUCCUGCAGGACCUGCUGUCAACUACGCCGUGAUGUUUGUGGACAACAGGAUCCAGAAGAGCAUGCUGCUGGACCUCAACAAGGAGAUCAUGAACGAGCUGGGUGUGACCGUGGUGGGCGACAUCAUUGCCAUCCUCAAGCACGCCAAGGUGGUGCACCGCCAGGACAUGUGCAGAGCUGCCACUGAGUCUGUGCCCUGCAGCCCCAGCCCCCUCCCAGGCGACAUCCGCCGAGGCGCCUCCAGUGCCGCCUCCCGGAUGAUUGCCAACAGCCUGAACCGCGACUCCCCGCCCGGCACGCCCUCCCGGCGGCCGGACACCAGCACCUCCAACAUCUCCGUCACUGUGUCCAACAAGAUGGCAGCGAAGAGUGCCAAGGCCGCUGCAGCCCUGGCCCGCAGGGAGGAGGAGGUCCUGGCGAUCCCCACCAAGCGGCGCCGGGUCACGGCCGAGAUGGAGGGGAAGUACAUCAUCAACAUGCCCAAGGGCACCACGCCGCGCACCCGCAAGAUCCUGGAGCAGCAGCAGGCGGCGAAAGGGCUCCACAGGACGUCCGUGUUUGACCGCCUCGGCGCCGAGACCAAGGCAGACACGACAACAGGGAGUAAACCCACAGGAGUCUUCAGCCGCCUGGGGGCCACCUCGGAGCUGGAUGAGGACGUGGCUUGGGACAGUGACAACGACAGCAGCAGCUCUGUCUUGCAGUAUGCCGGGGUCCUGAAGAAGCUGGGGCGGGGCCCGGCCAAGGCCAGUCCCCAGCCAGCUCUGACUGUCAAAGCCAAGGCCACCAGCUCGGCAGCGAGCACCACCCCAACGCUGCGGCGCCUGUCGCUGUCCGCACGCCCCGGACUUGAGAGGAAGCCGGAGCCCCUGGCCAAAGUCAGCAUCAUCCAGAGACUGGGCAAGGCCGCCCUCGCGCCGGAGGCCCAGGACAGCCAGGUCACGAGCACCAAGAGUAAGUCCUCCACCGAAGUCAAGGUCACCAUUAAGAGGACUCUGGUGGGGCCCCGGAGCAGCGGCUCCAGUGAGGGCCUUGGUGCCCAGAUGGAUCACGCCGGCAGCGUGAGCGUGUUCAAAAGACUGGGCCGCCGGACCUUCUAGCCCACGUGGGGCGGGGGGCGGCAGCUCCGCAGGGGUGCGCCCCGCGCUCCUGGGCCGAGCCUUGCUGUGAGGCCUCCCUCGCCCUCCCACCGGCUCCUGGACGUCGAACUUGGCACCCGACAGGGAGGGUGGGACCCGGCCUCGUCCGCACUGGGACUCUCUCCCCUCACGCCCUCUGCUCUGUUCUCUGGCCAUGGCCGUGGCCUUUUCUACCUCUCCCAGCGCUGGGUGUCCUCCCUUGCCUCCAUCCCCCUCCUCCCACCUGGAGGAGCUGCCCUCGCCUGCCCCCCUCUCCCCGCGGCCGUGACUGCGCCCCGGCUGCCUCUGUCUCCUCCGCUCAUUUCUCUUCUGUUUUCUGUCCCUGUGGCAAGGCCCGACUGUGCGCUGCGUCCUGCCUGACCCUCCUGCACCUGCGGCCUCCCGGCGGCCCCGGCGACGGUGGCGCUGAGCCUGUAGAGCCUGUGGCUGCCCUCCGCUGCCCAGACCCUGGGCUGCGGCCGCGGCACCUCCGUUUUCCCGCCUGGGGCGUCUUGUUCUCCGAAGGUCCGUGCGGUGGCGGGCGAGGGGCGCUGGGAAGGGAGGGCGGUGCCGAGAGCGGAGCCCACGGCUGGUUUAAUAGAUUUUUGUGACUUCCAAA